UCUUUACCCCAAAGCUCUGGGUGGCUGGUUGGCUGGGUGGUUGGCUGGCUAAGCGGGGGGAAGGACAGAGUUUCUCUCUUUGCCAGAGCAGCGCAUCAACAGGCCUCUCAGAAGUGGACCAUACCUGAGCUGGGGCCCGAUGCAGAACGGGGAGGCUAUGAGCCCGCAGGACUCCAAGGCAGCAGGGGCUGAGGCCAUGGACGAGCAGAAGGCCCAGAACCAGAGCCAGAAUCAAGGGUGUAUGGAGCCCACAGCGCCUCCGCUUCCUCCUCCUUCACCACCACCAUCAGGGCCACCAGAAUACCCAAGACCUAGGCUCAUCUUCCACACCCAGCUGGCUCACGGGAGUCCCACAGGCCGCAUCCACGGAUUCACAAACGUGAAGGAGCUGUACGCCAAGAUUGCUGAAGUGUUCCACAUCUCCCCCUCAGAGGUACAAAGCAAACCCAGAAUGUCAGGGCAAGCCAAACCACUGGGCAGCCUGAUACUGCUCUCAACACUCAACCACACCACCAGCACAACCAAAGGCCACAGUCUGUCCAACCCUAACUCCCAUGCAGACAUGAUUGGAAUGAGGACCAGAGCGCCAAAAUCUAAUGAGGGAAAGAUGGUGAAUGGGAAGGAGACUCUGCGUCUUCGCUCCAAGGGUGCUGCAACAGUUCAGGAAGUGCAGAAUGAGUUUGAAGAACAGGCCACAAAGAAAGUGGAUGACCUGCUGGAGAGCUACAUGGGCAUCAGAGAUCUGGAGCUGGCAACCACCAUAGUGGAAGCAGGCAAAGACAAGAAGAACCCAGACGACUUUGCAGAAGCCUUGGACUCAGUUCUGGGAGAUUUUGCUUUCCCUGAUGUGUUUUUGUUUGAUGUAUGGGGAGCUAUUGGAGACGUCAAGAAUGGUAGAAUUUAGAUAUUUGCUAUAUAAAUGAGAAAGAGAGAGAGAGGCCUCUAUUCUCUGGGAAAAAAAUAAUGUGCAAAUGUUAUAAAUGAUGCCUUCCCAGUCCUAAUUCAUUUUUAACAAUCCAUUUAACCUCUUAAGAUCCAGAUAACCCUGCUCCUAACCCAACCACACCUGUAUAUAAUGGAAUUGAAUAGGUGGGUUUUAACAGGUUAAAAUGUGACAGGGACUGCAAUUACUUGGUUAGUUAAUUUCCCCAUGAGCAGGUCAUCACUCUUGAUCUUAAAUCUUUACAAUAAACACAAAACACAUAAAAUUGCAGUGUAGCUUUUAAAUACAUUCGCAUUGAAAUCAAAGAUUGAAAUGAAUCUUUAGGGUGUAUCUAUCCCUAUACAUAUACACCAUUUUUAAUGUAAGCACUGGGACAGGAAACUGCAAAACAGUAGACAAUGAGCUAGUCAACUAGGAAUAAAGGAAAUUUGAUAAGCAAAACCCUUUUCCUCUGAUGAAGUCCCACCAGGAAAAACAGGAACAAGGAAACACUUUUGGGUCAUCCCAGAGUCAGAACGUAUUAGCCGGCUUCUCCAUUACCAAUACCCUAUACAAGUUAAAGAUUUACGUGGAUGUUUUAUAAAUUAUAAAAUGUUUGUCCCUACAUUUAUAUCGCACUGGUUUACCUUUUUCAAAAUAACCAAAGGGCCCUAGUGCAAAUAGAACUUCAAAAAAGAAAUUGCAAGUUAAAUAUUGUUAGUACUCCAAGUAAGUGACUGAUCUGUUUUUAGGACAUUAAUCAAAAUUGUCAAGAAAAUGGAAUCAUCAGGGAACAACAAGGUUCCAGCGGCAAAUCACAUUUUCCCACAUGGUCGUUACUGUCAAACAGGAUCCAAGCCCAUAACUUCCCACAAUAAAUAAAUAAAAUAAAGCUGGCUUGUGUGCAUGUAAACCAUUUUGUUGGAGUUCCCUGCAGAUAUUUUGCCUUAAAAAAAUCUUCAUGAUCAUGCACUAUUAACAGUUCAAAUAACAUUGUGUCACAUAUCCACUUGCUUCACUCUUUUUUUUGCCACAAGUUCAGAGGAAACUGUUUUGGUUUGUUUCAAAGACAGAUUGUAAAUAUACUGGAUCAGUAUCUUCAGUAUCCCUGUUCUUAGUUUCAAUGUGCUGCUCUCUCUUUCUGUCUCUGCAUUGGAGAGUAUUUACUGUAAAAAGAAAAUAAAACAUCAUACUAUAUGUUGGAUUUUGACAGUUAUAUGUUUUCUGGCUCACCUGAACAAUGUGAAGAAAGUAUAAAGUCACUUUGUAUACAUGUAAGCAAGUAAACACUGACCUGCCAAAUUUCAAAAUGUAGUUUGAUUUGACUUCACUCAUUCUAGCUACACUCUUUCAGCUACAUCAGUAUUUGUCUGAUAGUGAUGUUUUUGUUUUACAACUUUGUAUAUGAUUGCAGCUCUUAAAGAAGA